AUGACGCCAAGCGUGCCCGCAAAGAUGACGACAGGCGUGAUCGAGGCCGGAAUGACGAUGCACGCGGCAACGCGCGCGAUAGCCGGCGGCGGUCACGCAGCCCAGCCGAUCCGGGAUGACCGAGGACACAGAGAGAAUGGCGCUAGUGGCAGACGCGACGGGUCCGCUGACAGACUGCAAGGCCGCCGCGAACGGGCAGGGGACCCGCCGUCCCGUAGUGAAGCGGGAACAGGCGUGGGUGCGGUUGGCGCGGUUGCGGCAGGCUCGGGCUCCAGAUCGACACCCGCUGCUCCUGAGAAAUUGGAGGCGGACAAGAAGGCUGAGCGCCUUGCAAAGCUGGAGGCUUGGAAGAAGAGGCACGAGCAGAAGCUCCGCAUGGAGACGGACGGGGCAGGCAACAAGACGCCCACGACGGAAGAGAAGCCUUUCGGUAGCGCCUCGCCUGUCAUUGCCCCAUCAGCUACACCGGAGGCGAAGCCUGAGAUUACGGCUGCGGCUGCGGCUGCAUACACUGGCAAGUUCGAUCCAAAGGCCAUUGCUAAGAAGUCUGCUGCCCGACAUCCAUCCCCAGAACCGCUCCGGCCAGUUCUCAGGCCGGCGACAGGAAAUGAGAAGGUGGUACCUCCAGCGGCAGCCUCAACGGCGCCUGCUAGGCGUCUUGCGGCGACUGCCAACAAGUUAUCCGCGGGUACGCCGUUUAGCGGCUUCGGAUUCGGCAAAGGUGCAGCCGACGGAGCAUCGUCGAAACGAAAGCUAAAUCUGGACGACGAGGAGACGUCAAAGAGAAAGCUAGCUAAGCUCCCCGACGUGUCGCUGGAAGAUGCUGACGAUACCCCCUACAACAACCAAGACGAAGAGGAUGAUGAGGAGGACGAUGGCAGAUUUGCUGGCACAGAGGAAGAGCUCGCUGCUGCGGCCCGUGCGGCACGCGCCCGACGCGACGAGCGACUUCAACAGCAGCAGAAGCAAAGCUCGGCCAUGGAGACAGACGAGCCAGAAGAUUCUGAAGCGACUGGUGAGGCAGCAGCAGAAGGCAUGGAGACGGUCGAGACCAAGGCCGACACUAUGCCAGUGGAAGUGGAAAUGGAAGCUGAAACUGCAAUCGAUGCAGAGAAGGCACAGCCUGUCGAAGCUCAAGCGUCCCCGCCCGCGGAAGCCAUGCAAUUGGACGAGCCGCCGGUCCGCAGGAGGGCGAACGGUCACGUCGAACGCAGAGUUGCACCUACGGUCGAGAUCAGCAUGAGUACGGAUGACAACGUUGAUCCGCUAGAUGCGUUCAUGGCAGACUUGAGUCAUGCGCCCGACCCGUCGACGAGGCGGAAGGUGAAGAAGCCGGCGGCAGAACCGGAGGCAUACUUUAGCGACGACGACGACUACUUUUCCAAGGCGCAGAACGGCAUCGACACAAAGUCGAUUCUCGCAAUGGCGACGAAGCGGAAGAAGAAGGAUAUCCCGACGAUCGACUACAGCAAGAUGGAGCUGACGCCGAUCCGCAAAAACUUCUGGGUGGAACCGCACGAGCUGAGCGAGCUGACAGAGGCGGAGGUAGCAGAGCUGCGGCUAGAUCUGGACGGAAUCAAGGUGUCGGGCAAGGACGUGCCGAAGCCGGUGCAGAAAUGGUCGCACUGCGGGCUGACGCGGCCGAUGUUGGAGGUGAUCGAGCAGCUGGGGUACGACAAGCCGACGGCGAUCCAGAUGCAGGCGUUGCCGGUGAUCAUGUCUGGACGCGACGUGAUCGGAGUGGCGAAGACGGGGUCAGGCAAGACGAUGGCGUUCCUGGUGCCGAUGUUCCGGCACAUUAUGGACCAGGAGCGGGUGCGAGACGACGGACCGAUCGGGCUGAUCCUGACGCCGACGCGCGAGUUGGCAGUGCAGAUUCACCGGGACUGCAAGCCGUUUGCGAAGAAGCUGGGGCUGCGGGCAGUGUGCGCAUACGGCGGCCCGCCGAUCAAGGACCAGAUCGCGGAGCUGAAGCGCGGGGCGGAGAUCGUGGUAGCGACGACAGGACGGAUGAUCGACCUGCUGGCGGCGAACCAGGGACGGGUAGUGAGCCUGCGGCGGACGACAUACAUUGUUCUGGACGAGGCGGACCGGAUGUUUGACAUGGGGUUCGAGCCGCAAGUAAUGAAGAUCUUUGCCAACAUCCGGCCCGACCGGCAGACGCUGCUGUUCUCAGCGACGAUGCCACGGAUCAUCGACGCGUUGGUGAAGAAGGUGCUGCAUAGCCCGGUAGAAAUCACGGUGGGCGGCAAAAGUGUGGUGGCGCCAGAGAUCACGCAGAUGGUGGAGGUGCGGGACGAAAAGGACAAAUUUCUGCGACUGCUGGAGCUGCUGGGCGAGCUGUACAUGGACGACGACGACGUGCGGGCACUGAUUUUUGUGGAGCGGCAAGAGAAGGCAGACGAGCUGCUGCGGGAGCUGUUGCGCAAGGGCUAUGCGUGCAUGUCGUUGCACGGCGGCAAGGACCAGUCGGACCGGGAUUCGACCAUCUCAGACUUCAAAAAGGGCGUGUGUCCGGUGCUGGUAGCAACAUCGGUGGCGGCACGGGGGCUGGACGUGAAGCAGCUGAAGCUGGUGGUCAACUACGAUGCGCCGAACCAUCUGGAGGACUACGUGCAUCGGGCAGGUCGGACAGGACGGGCCGGCAACACGGGGACGGCGGUGACGUUUGUGACGGAGGAGCAGGAGAACUGUGCACCAGGCAUUGCGAAGGCGCUGGAGCAGAGCGGCCAGCCCGUGCCGGAGCGGCUGCUAGAGAUGCGCAAGGCAUGGCGAGAGAAGGUGAAAACGGGCAAGGCCAAGGACCAGUCAGGCUUUGGCGGCAAGGGCCUGGAGAAGCUGGACAAGGACCGCGAGGCUGCACGGCUGCGCGAACGGAAGACGCACAAGGCCGAGGGUGAGGACGACGACUUUGACAAGGAGACGGCAGCCGAGGACGAAAAGAAGGCCAAGGCCGCGUCUUCACAGGCGCAACUGGCAGCGUCGAUGAUUGUGUCACGUGAUGCAGCCAAGGCCGAGGGUGUCGGUGGAGGCGAAAACGACAAGGGAGCGGCCACAGGCGACGACAAGAGAGGACCAGCAGGAGCGACGGCCGCAGCAGCCGGAGCGACGGGUGGAGCGCUGGAGAAGGCAGCCUCGGCGAUCAGCGACAUCAACGCACGACUGGCCCGAGCCGGACAGCUGCGACCGGGUCAGCCGGUAGACAACAAGGGUCCGGAUGCCGGAGCAUUCCAUGCGACGCUUGAGAUCAAUGACUUCCCGCAAAAAGGGCGCUGGGCUGUGACAAACCGCACAAACGUGGCUAAGAUCCUCGACUCGACCGGCGUCUCCAUCACCACCAAGGGCACCUUUUACGGCCCUGGCAAGGAGCCCGGUCCCGGCGCCGAGGCGAAGCUGUACCUGCUGAUCGAGGGCGAUACCGAGCUGUCGGUGGGCAACGCCUUGACCGAGCUGACCCGGCUGUUGCGUGAGGGCACUGUGGCCGCUGCCGAUGCCGAGAGCCGGGCACCGGCUAGCGGACGGUACACAGUCACUUAG